GGCGGGCGCCGGACCCCCAGGCGGAACUACAGGUCUCGAGCCAUGCUCAGGCGGAGCGGCGGGCGCCCGGACCCCCGGGUGGAGCGAGACAGGUCUCGGGCCCUCAGGCGGAGCGGCGGGCGCCGGGACCCCCAGGUGGAGCGACAGGUCUCGGGGCCCUCAGGCGGAGCAGCGGGCGCCGGACCCCCAGGCGGAGCAGCGGGCACCUGAGUCACCAGGCACGACAGUGGGCUCCGAGUCAACAUGGCAUGACCUGCUGGCACUAGGUCAGACAAUGAUAUUUCGUCUGGCUGGACAGCGGGCAUCGGGUCACCAGGCUUCAGGUCAUUUGGCUCGACAGCGGGCACCGUGAGUCAUCUGGCAAGGCAGUGGGCUCCGAGUCAACUGGUAUGACCGCGGGCACUGGGUCAGACAUUGGAUCGUCUGACCGGACAGCGGGCAUCGGUCACCAGGCAUCAGGUCAUUUGGCUCGACCGCGGGGCACCGCGUCAUUCUGGCAAGGCAGUGGGCUCCGAGUCAACUGGCACGACAGUGGGCACCGGGUCAUCAGGCAUUGGGAUCGUCUGGCUUGACAGCGGGCCAUCGGGUCACCAGGUAUGACAGCGGGCACUGGGUCACCACUGGCAUCAGGUCAUUUGGCUCGCCAGCUGGGCACCGCGUCAUCUGGCAAGGCAGUGGGCACCGUCGUCACCAGGUACGCCAAUUCGGGCUCUGAGGCAAUUGAAGCACGACAGCGGUGCACCGGAUCAGGUUACCGGAUCAUCUGGAUCAACAGCGGGCAUCGAGUCAACUGGCCUAAUAGGAUCGUCAGGCUGGAUCAGUUCAUCAUGCUGGGUAGAGGCAUCAGGCUGAAUCCCGGCGUCCGGCUGAGUAGAGGCUUCAGGCCGAGUAGAGGCUUCAGGCCGAGUAGAGGCUUCAGGCCGAGUAGAGGCAUCAGGCCGAGUAGAGGCUUCAGGCCGAGUAGAGGCAUCAGGCCGAGUAGAGGCUUCAGGCCGAGUAGGAGGCAU